AUGCGUCUCUCAUCAUUCAUCGCGGUCGCUGGAGUCUUCAGCAUCUCUGCAGUCUCAGCCGAACCCACCACACCUAAAUUGCAAAAAGGUGUCGAUUGCAAAGCUGUCAAUUUAGCACUUACGGUGCUCAAGGGACUGGGGCCCCCGGCUACGUCUUUCUGUAGUUCCUAUUUGAAGGUCCCUGCCACCAGCACAGUGUCCAUAACAACAACUACACCAAUAACUACCUUGACAACCUCCACAUCAACCGUCACUGUCACAAGCUCUGUCUGCGAAGCGCCAAAGCGCCGCAGCCCUGGCCAAUUGAGCAACGAUCGAAGUAGCGAUGUGCAGACAGAAGAAUUAGACGCAGAACCUGUCAAGCGUCACAACAUCCCUGCUCUUUCAGUCUUUGCUGCUGCAAAACUAUCAUCGGGUUGCAGUUGCCUCAGCCUCAUGCCGAAGACUUCAGUCACCGCGACUGUCACGGCGCCAGCCUCUACUGUCAAUGUUGUUGCUACAACAACAGCAUGUGUUAUGCCGGUAUGCACGCCGAGCGGUGGACGCUGUGAUUUGUCAGACCCAGGAGCGUGCUGCAAUCAAAUUUGCUUCAAUUCGAGUCCCUUUCCCUACUGUGGCUAA